AUGGGCUGGCGGGAGGAGGAAGAGGCAAGAUGGAAACGCCAUUCAGGCCAGAUCAACAGAAGAACACUUGAGCUGUUCGUACACUUCAACAGGACGCUGAUUGACUGGACUUGGCUAGAGGACAUUCCGACACGCCGUGAACAGAUAAUGGUCCGCUAUUGUACGGGAAAGUCCGACGUCCUUGAAGGAGAAACAUCAAGCACAUCGGAAGGCACGGGCUACCUCAAAGAGCUCAAGCUCGCAAUAUCACCAAGUUCGGCCGACAUUGCACUCACGUCAGACCAAAAUGCGAAGAUCAAUGCCAACAGACCGCGUGCAUGUUAG